AUGUUAGUGGAUAAGGCUGAGGCAUGGGAUGGGUUGAUGAAAGUAUGGCAAGAUGUGAUGGACUGUGACGACCAGUCCAAGUUUGGUGGUUAUGUUUAUCGUUUUGAGUAUGCUUGUGCUGCAUGGCCUUUAUUUUUUGAUUAUGUCAACCGUACCUGGAUCAUGCCUCAUAAGACAUGCUUCGUCAAGGCAUGGACAAACAAAGUCAUGCAUCUAGGCAACACUACAACAAACAGGGUUGAGUCUGCGCACUGGAACCUGAAGAGAUUAUUGGGGUCUAGUAUGGGAGACUUAUGCUCGUGUUGGGAUGCUAUGCAUAAUGUCAUUGUCCUACAGCAUAAUAAGAUCAGAGCGUCCUUUGAAAAAAGUAUUAACUUAAAGAAUGAUGCUUAUAAAGCACUGAGAUAUAAAAUACUUGUUGGACGUGUUUCACGAUACGCUCUUGAACUUAUUGCUGAUGAAGUAGAUCGAGUGAAUAACAUAGGUUUGGACAAUGGUCGUUGUGGAUGCAUUUUGAGCUCAACGUAUGGCCUACCAUGUGCUUGUAUUUUAGCACGAUAUGAGCCUGGAAUGAUUCCUAUUGGUGAAAUACAUGUUAUCUGGACCCGUUUAAGCAUUUCAAGAACUGUGUCUACUGAAUCGCUUCCAGAGUUUAGCCUUGAUUGGGAAGUUAAACUGGUACAGGAACGAUUCAAAAAUGUUGACAUUGGUGAAAAAGUCAACAUAAGACAUAAGAUGCUAGUAAUUGCUUGCCCAGAGAUGACAUUUAUGCUUGCUCCGGCGAAUAAAGUGAAGACAAAAGGUGCACAAAAGACUAAAGUUGCACGACAUGAGAGGUCUACGAAACGUGACCCAUCAUAUUUUGAGCAUGUUGACAUUUUUAUUUCCAGGACGGAGCCUUCUUUUUCACGAAAAUCUCAAGUCAAAUCGAAGCCGAAAGAAUUUGCGCGAAGUGCUGUACCAUUCUUAAAUCAAUUUCAUCCGAUUUGUCAACCAUACAUUGUCGAUGUUGUUGAUGUUGUUGCCGAUGGUCAUUGCGGUUAUCGAUGCAUUGCUGCUUUGUUGGGUCUUGGUGAAGAGGCAUGGCCUACUAUCCGACAUAACCUUUAUGAAGAACUAACUCAGUGGUGUGAUGAAUACGCAAAUUUAGUAGGAAGCUACGAUCGAUUAGAAGAACUUCGUCAGUCAUUAAUUGUCCACGAUCGAUCACAGACAUUGGUUAUGCCAUUGCAAAUAGAUACAAUGUCAUCUUAG